CGGAAUUUUCGUUUGUUUGGUUUUCACAAAGACAGGCGACACACCCAAGCUGGCGGCAGAUAGGCAAGAGGAUAGAUGUGAGACCAUAAAAAUGGCGAUCGGGCCCAGGCAUUCUAACUUACCGUAUGGGAAAAAAAAUCAGAACAUGAGUCCGUCAACAGACGAGCGAGAGACGUUUGGUUCAGAUUUUAAAUCUAUUAAGUAAUCCUCCCCAUAAAAAACAUGUUUCAUUUCGUUUCGCCUGCUUCGAAGCUUUGGAAGGUAGCAGAACGACAGCACAAAGAUCCGGCUGUGCUCGCGGCGACGGCUUGCCCUCCAUCUGGCAGUAAUGGUGAUCGAAACCAGACCCGACUGUGCGUGGUUGCCCACCGGGCGGAGCGGCUAGUGCGUUUUGUGGCCUACAAUUUUCGCUUGGAGUGCGGCGUGUCAGAAAACGCCGUCCCGUUUGGAUUUCCAAAUGCGGCACAUGCAGCACACAAGGCCUGCGAACAGAGGCUGGUUUGUGUGAACGGAGCGCCGCAGCCCAACGAUUUUUUUGUGUCACCGGGAGAUGUGGUCAGUGUGCCGGUGAUGGACGCAGCAGCGGCGUUUCUUGGGAAUAAUGAAGGCAGUGACUAUCGCGAGUACGAGGGUCUACUGUGUUUCGAUUUGUUGGUGGACCAACACAACAAGAGCAUAGGCGAUGGACGAGGGUCGGGCUUGAAGCAUCCAGAUGACACCACAAAUGCGAAUGCCGCCCGGACGCCGCUUCGGAGGCGAAUGAUGCAGUCCGCGCAAGACGGGACCGGAGGACGAAGCAGUUGCAAUAGCGACAAAGACGGAGAGCAUCUUGUUCACGAACAUGAUGUAGGAGUAGAAAUCGGAGAACCUUGCUCAAACCUCGAUGCCUAUUACGCAAGCCACCCCGACCUCGAGCUACGCGCACAAUGGCGAAAAGCCAGCUGUGAGCAGACAUUGGAUUUGCCUUUACCCUUGACUCUACGGGAGAACACGACGGGACCAGGAUGCAACUUUGUCAUAGGCAAUUCAAGGAAACAAGAACCGUCGAAACAAGCUCUUGCAACAUCUAUGCACCUCGACACUAAGCAAGACAUUGAUAGCAAAGUAAAAACCAAGAACAGCAACAUCACCGGAGCCGCUCACACCCCCCCUGUCUUGGACAACCCCGAGCUUUUUUCCUUUUUCCAAAAAUCGUCCCUCCGAUUUCAAGUCCAGCCAAGCCUGUCGCCCGCGGAGCUGUAUCUGCGAAAAAUUUGCGGGGAAGUCUGUCAGCAAGAAAUUGCGUCCAUGGCACCGGUACAGUACCUGUUGGACGGCUUUCUGGAAAGGAACAGCAACGCGAAGCUGCGCAUCCUCGACCUGUGCGCGGCCCCGGGCAGCAAAACGUGCCAACUGCUCGAGGAGGCGUCCAAGUGCGCAACGGACUUUGUCGUGGUGGCGAACGACGUCUGCCCGUAUCGUUGCGAGCAGCUGUUGCAGCGCGCGAAGCAGCUCCACCCGGAGCUGUGCAAACAUUUGGUGGUCACGUGCGCCGACGCGGCGACGACAAACUUCGGGGCAGACCAGUUUGACCUCGUUCUCUGCGACGUGCCCUGCAGCUCGGAGGGGACGGUCCGGAAGAACCAAAACAAGCGGCAAAAAUGGUCCCCACAGCAGGCGGCGCGACACACCAAGUUACAAGAAGAAAUUUUUCGGAAUGGGUGCCGGCAUGUACGGAACGGGGGGCGGAUCGUCUACUCCACCUGCGCCAUGAACACGAUGGAGAACGAGGAGGUGGUUAGAAAUGUUCUGGAAAGAAAUCGUGCAAGAGCAACAUCAGAAAAAGUUGUAUACGAGCGGGUGGGUAAGGGUAGUUCGGCGCCAAUUCGUCUGUGGCCAAGUAGGCAAACGGGGGGCUUUUUUCUCACGGUUUUGGCGAAGCGAGGGGAAGCGCUUGAUGCUUCCAGUUGCGGCGCACGUACUUGCGUAAACGUAAUUAAUGCUGAUUCAUCGACGGGGCCUGAAACGGUUGUUGUGUUACCAGAGCACAAAUUUCUUCAGCGGAAAAUUCAGAACACUGUCUAUGUCCGGGCGCAGGUUGGGGAAAAGAGUUCCACAAGUUGUGUAAGUUGUGUGUCCGCUGCGGCACGGGACAUGCUACUGCGGCUGAAAUCUGCGGCGCAGAUGAAUCAUGAUUGCAAGUUGAAAAUUGUCGGUUUCGGCGUGCCCGCCUGGUGGUACACUGAGCGCGCACCAGAUUUGGGAGAAGGAGACUUUGCGGUUUUCGACUCUCUCCAAGGCGCGUGGUGCUACACUUUGCAGGGGCAGCGGAAGAAGAACUACCCCAAGCUCAAUGUGCAAUUCUGUCAGGAGGCGUGUGCGCUGCUGGUAAGCCAGCCAGACGCGUUGUCGUGCUUUGGGAACAGGCUGUUGCGCGUCGGAGGAAGCAAAUUUCUGUCGAAGUUCGACAGGUUCGGAUGGAAGGGCGUGCACUUUAGCUUCGAUGAAGUGGAAGUUUGGACGAGUUCGGGUGCGGAUAUCAUGCGGAGCAGUUUCAUGGUCCCCGAGUGUCGUGAACAAGAUGAAAAUGCCAACUCUGAUGUUUCAUCGCGACUGCACGGCUUGACUGGCACGUGCAUCCUCUGUGUGGACAACGACAUCGCUAUCAUCGCCUGGGCUGACGAAGCUUUGGAAACCGUGAUCCCCAUGGCGCGGCCCCAGCUGCUGAUCCGGGCGGCACAGCUUCUGCGCGAACGACCAGGAUUGUCGUACGGAAGAUGAGAAGCCACUGGCCACGGUUUGAUUGUUACCGAAAAAGUUCGCUUUAGAGACGCCGACGGAGAAGAAGCGAUUCUGUUUCGUUUCAAUCGCGUUCUUUCAUCGGCUUAGCGAGCGAAUGAACUUUACUGAUGAGCGACAAAAUCAAACUACACUGAGUAUACCUCAUGGCGACCACUUUCAUUUUAUGGUAAAAUACAGAAAAUAAAA